CAGCCCAAUACCCGUCCCAAUCCGCAUCCCGUCGGCCGUCGCCCUCAGAUAAAAAUCUGGCAGAACCCGAGCUGUAGAACCCUAGCCUUGCGGUCGCGGAUCCGUCCUGCAAAAAUCUCCUCCCCCAACUUCUCCGCCGGAUCCCUGAAAGAUUCCCGGAGAUGUCGGACUCCGAGGAGCACCACUUCGAGUCCAAGGCCGACGCCGGCGCCUCCAAGACGUACCCGCAGCAGGCCGGCACCAUCCGCAAGAACGGCUACAUCGUCAUCAAGAACCGUCCCUGCAAGGUUGUUGAGGUCUCCACUUCCAAGACUGGGAAGCAUGGCCAUGCCAAGUGCCACUUUGUUGGAAUUGACAUUUUCACUGGAAAGAAGCUUGAGGAUAUUGUUCCUUCUUCUCACAACUGUGACGUUCCACAUGUUAACCGUGUUGAGUAUCAGCUGAUUGACAUUUCUGAAGAUGGAUUUGUCAGCCUUUUGACUGAGAGUGGCAACACUAAGGAUGACACCAAGCUUCCCAGUGAUGAAGCUCUGCAAGCCCAGAUCAAGAGUGGAUAUGAUGAAGGAAAGGACAUCCUCCUGACCGUGAUGUCUGCCAUGGGCGAGGAACAGAUCUGUGCUGUCAAGGAGAUUGGGGGCAAGAACUAAAGCUGCUGCUUCGCUCCGGCUGUUUGUGGGCAAUACCUGUUGUCUUGUGCUUGGAGUUGACAAGCCAAGUUGAGAUACAUACAUAGGCGUUUAAGUUAUCUGUGGUUUUGGGUUUACCUGGAAUGUGUUGAGAUGGUGCGAGUACUUGUGGUACUUGGUUAUUGAUCUCUGGUAUCUUUUUGAACUGAGUAAUGGUGUAACUCUGGUAGUGCAUCAAUGGGAAUUACAAUAUAUAUUUGUUAAAUUAUUUGAUUUGGCUUUGGCCGCCGUGUU